CCGGCCCGACCUAGCCUAAGCUCUUACGCAUGCGCUAGAAAUGCUCCCCCAGUCGAGGCCGCCAAUAAUGCGCAUGCGCUGAUAGACCCCUCUUCUCUAGGUCUGCGCAUGAGCAUUUUGACAGCAGAAGAAAUCCUGGAAAUAGCCUCACGUUACCAUGGCCAGUCCCCCCUCCAGGGAUCAGGCAGACCGAAUCAGGUACAUAAAAGGGGACCUUUUUACCUGCCCCAGAACGGACUCAUUGGCUCACUGCAUCAGUGAGGACUGUCGCAUGGGCGCUGGGAUAGCUGUCCUAUUUAAGAAAAAGUUUGGUGGCAUACAGGAGCUGUUGGAUCAGCAGAAGAAGUCUGGAGAGGUGGCCGUUCUGAAAAGAGAUGACAGAUAUAUAUAUUACCUGAUUACAAAGAAGAAAGUCUCUCACAAACCAACAUAUGAGAAUAUGCAAAAGAGUUUAGAAGCCAUGAAAACUCAUUGUUUGAACAACGGGGUUACUGAUAUUUCCAUGCCUAGGAUCGGAUGUGGACUUGACCGUCUGGAAUGGGAUAAGGUUUCAGUGCUACUUGAGGAAGUGUUUGAGGACACGGACAUUAAGAUCACCGUUUAUGCUCUCUGAACAAAGAGGCCUUAUGGAGAUGAUUGUUGAUUUCCCUUGCUGUAGAGUCAGGUGGCUUGGGAAUUGAUUUAGAGAAAAAGCUGUGUGUGAAGCAGAGCCCAUCUCCUCUUUGAGGAAUAAUUUACCAUUAGGUUUUUCCCAAUGGCAGGCAGUUGCUUCCAGAGAACCGGCUGGUUUGGAAUGUGUUGAUCAGAGUUCCAGAAUAAAGUAUCUAGUAUAAACCUUCAGGGUUAUAUAUAUCCCUCAGGGAUCCUUGCCUGUGAGUCACAUAGCCAACCACCAGAUGUCACUGUUCCUCCACCUUUCAGAAUACCCAUCUGAUUGUAAAGAAAACUUUUCUUACCGUGGUGGUUUGUGUGUGUGGAAGUUUGAGAUAGUUUGGCACUUUUUAAAAUAUUCCAAAUCUUUGAAUUUAAGAGUUAUAUGUAUCUGUUUAUUGUGUUGUUUCAGAUAAUGAAGUGAAUAAUUGUGGAGAUCUGCUAUUUAAUUUAAAACAGUACAGUGUUCAGCUCAGAUGUGCAGAUUUCCUUUGUUCUUUUAGUUAUUAAAAAUUAAAGUAUUAUCUUUUCAAAACAUAAAUGAGGUUUCCUGCUUUUAUCAGGAGUGUGUCUCUUAAGCAUCAUGCUAUAAAGUCUCAAGUACAUACCUUUUUAACUCUUGCUAUUGAACCAGAGUGCAACCCCUGUAUAAACCCAACUAUGUUCACAUUUCUCUCUGCCUUCUAUAUGAAGGCUGAACCUCUCAAGGGAACAUAAGUGUAUGGGGCAAAGAUUCCUAGGAGGUUCAUUUUGCCCCACAUAGUUGGUACAGGUAUCAGCAUGCAAGUGUUCUGAGAGACCACAUAUGAAUGGGCUAGUAUGAUAUAAAGUGGGCUUAGCAUUAAAUGCAUGUAUAGGUUUUCAUCUUUACUUUUCAUCUAAGGUAUGUAUAGACUGCUAGUCAUUGUGGGGUCUAAGUGUCGUUCUGUUUCUACAUCUGGCAUUGCUAAACAGCAAUGAACAAAUCAUUAAUAAAUAGCAUAUUGAAUCUAGCAGGCCAGCAAAAGGUAGUCCAUUACUUUGUGGUGGUCAGUAAACUUCAGAUGGAACAUUUUUUUUUUUUUCUUCCCCCUUCACAUCCUUACAAUAACUUACCAGGUCUCUUUCUGCAGCAUUUGGUUCAAAGGUGAUAAUUCUGCUGAUUUUAGAACCUUGUGCUGAAGUGUUCUACCAUAUACUCUUGUAUGUUUUGCUUCCGAUCUUGUCCACAGUGACUAAUCUGAUUUAUUUUUAGGAUGCCCAUUACUAUAGUAACUGAGUGCCGGAGUAUAGGAAUUCUAGCAUAAAGUAGAAUCCCUAAUAUCUUCUUUUUAUCCAUGUAAGAUAUGUAAACCCUUCUCUAUUCAGAAGCUACUAACUGCUUGUGUUGUGUGGGAUCUUUUGCAUAAUUGAUGGAGCUCUGCAAAUCCCCUUUUCUAAUCUUUAAAGGCCUCAUGUUGUUACUCUCCUCCUUUUCAGUUGAAAAUGAUUGAAUCUUUGCAGAUCAUGAAUAUCACUCUUUAAUUUUUAGAGGGGUCGCAACUGGGUGAUUCUGUCCUUCCACUCUUGUGUGUAUUUGUAACACCUUAAAAACGCAAAGCCCACAUGAUUUGUUGACUGCCCUUUUGUCCCUUGUAAAGUUGUUUUUGGUGUAUAAUUGCUGUAGCCAAACAAGGAAAUAACUUUUUAAAGGAUUGAGUUCGACAAAUAGAAGCUUGGAAUAUUGGAUCUGUAAACAAGCAUAAAUAUGUACCAAAAAUAUGUGCAUGGAUUUAGGUUUUUGUAUCUUAUUUAUAUUUGUUGUCUAAAUCUGGUAACCAACACAAACAGUAAAUCAAUAGCAACUA